AUGACAGAUUUUAAUCUAUCUAUCUAUCUAUCUAUCUAUCUAUCUAUCUAUCUAUCUAUCUAUCUAUCUAUGUGUUUCUAUGGACUAAAUAGAUGUACUUGCCUAGUUGAAACCGAUUUCUUUACUUCUCAAGCUCUAUCUAUAUUAAUCUGUCCAUUCGUUAGUUCGUUUGCUCCUUCUAUUCCUUCCUUCCAUCCUUCCUUCCUUCCUAUCUAUCUAUCUAUCUAUCUAUCUAUCUAUCUAUCUAUCUAUGUUUGUCAUUUCUAUCUACGAAGAAGUGUUGAAAAAUUAUUAGCCCAACAAGAAAGAAAAAAAAAACGGGUUAAAUCUACCUCAUUCCCUUCAUAUCUAUCUAUCUAUCUAUCUAUCUAUCUAUCUAUCUAUCUAUCUCGUCAUGUUUCUAUCUAUCUCGUCAUGUUUCUAUCUCUCUCAUCUUGUUCCUAUCUAUCAAUGUAUAAGGGUGUGCUGAAAUAUUCUCGGUUCAACAAUGUUGGGACACUAUCUAUCUAUCUAUCUAUCUAUCUAUCUAUCUAUCUAUCUAUCUAUCUAAUCCAACCUGUUCAUAUCUAUCUAUCUAUUUUUAUAGCGAUCUUUAAUUAA